AUGUUUCAUUUCAUAUUCGACACUCUCAUACAUCACAGAAUCAAUCAUAAUACACACAGAGUUGUUCGUUUUUUUGAAACACAAUCAAUAGCAAACACCUCAAAUUUCACAGAGAAACAAGCUGUCACGAUCUCUUACCUCACAAAGUCAUGUGGGUUGUCUUUAGAAUCUGCCAUUUCAGCUUCUAAGAAGCUCAAAAUUAAGAGCACUGAGAAACCGGACUCGGUUCUUGAGCUCCUAAGGUCGCAUGGCUUCACUGAAAAUCACAUUUCUCGCCUAAUUUCCUGUUGGCCAGGUUUAAUUUUGGCUGAUCCAGAGAGAACUGUGAGACCCAAAAUUGAUUAUUUUGCAUCUUUAGGUCUUGUCGGACCUGACUUGCCUAGGGUUCUUUGUUCAUGUAACGUGUUAAAUAGCAGUUUGGAAAACCAAAUCAAACCCACAUGUGAUUUCCUUAAACAAUACUUAAGGACCAAUGAGAAUUUAAUUUAUGCUAUUAAGCGAUGUAGCCGUGUGGUUCUGUACAAAGUUGAAAAAAUUAUGGUGCCAAAUAUCUACACCUUGCGGGCUCAUGGUGUGCCUGAAUCCCUUAUUGGAAGACUGAUCAUGUUGCAGGUGGGCACACUACUGUUGAGAGUUGAUGUGUUCAAAGAGGCUGCCGAUGCAGUAAAGGAAAUGGGUUUUGAUCCCAAAACUGUAUCAUAA